CCAACAAGAUACCUGUUUUUUCUCUCUCUGUGUUUGAACUCGUCUCUGUUUUGUGAGUUGUAGAGAGAGAAGAAGGCAAAAGGAUAGAGAAAUUUGAAUCCCCGUUUAGAUUGUAAUGGCGGUCAUAUCAUUCAUUGGGAGGGUUCUUUUCGUAUCCGUCUUCGUUCUCUCCGCUUAUCAAGAGUUCAGUGAGUUUGGGUCUGAUGGUGGACCAGCAGCAAAGGCAUUAGGACCAAAGUUCAGUCUUUUGUCGAAGCAUGUGGCAACACACACCGGAUUUGAAGUACCCCAUGUAGAGAUGAAACAUCUUAUUUUGGGGGCCAUAGUUUUGAAGGGUCUUGGAAGCCUUUUAUUCAUCUUCAGCAGCACUGUUGGAGCUCUUCUUCUGCUGGUACAUCAGGCCGUUGCUUCCCCAGUCUUGUACGACUUCUACAACUAUGAUGUUGACAAGAAAGAAUUUGCUCAACUUUUUUUCAAAUUCUCUCAGAACUUGGCGUUGCUAGGUGCACUAUUGUUUUUCAUCGGAAUGAAGAACUCAAUGCCCAGGAGAUCAUCCUCCUCGUCUUCAAAGAAGAAGGCUCCCAAGGCAAAAGCAAAUUAAGAAUGGAAGUGGUGAUAGGGUGCGUUUUUGUUGCAACGGGUUCACGAUGUCAUAGUUUUACAAUGUCUUGUUCUAUUUCCGGGUUGAACUUUUCCAGCCAUUUUUAGCAUUCAUGUUUUUUUUUUUUUUUCCUUUUGCCGGCAAUUUUAAACAUUGGAAGACUAUUUAGAUAUCAACAAUGUAACAUGAGGAAUAUCUAGUUGAUAUUUACAUUGUUAUUAUCUGUA